CACACAGCGUUUCACUCGCUUCCGCUACUGAACUCCGAGACAGAUGGCAAGAAGUCGCUCCCGCCGCCGCGCCCGCCAAAGCGCCCGCGGAGAAAGCAGCUCCAAAGACCAGGAAACAGUCCCGAGCGCCGGCGAGCUCAUCAUCAAAGCGGUUUCUUCGUCGCAGGAGAGGAGCGGCGUGUCCCUCUCCGCCUUGAAGAAAGCGUUACAGGCCGCCGGAUACGAUGUGGAGAAGAACAACUCCCGCAUCAAAAUCGCCGUCAACAACCUUGUGAGGAAAGGCGUCCUGGUGCAGACUAAAGGGACCGGUGCGUCUGGCUCUUUCAAGCUGAACAAGACGCAGACCGAAGGCAAGAAGCCCGCCAAGAAAGCCGCGGCUAAGAAGCCCACCGCCAAGAAAGCCACGACGAGCCCGAAGAAGGCGAAAAAACCGCCGACUCCCAAAAAGGCUGCCAAGAGCGCGAAGACACAAACUGCCAAGCCCAAAGCCGUAAAGCCUAAAACGGCCAAGGCGAAAAAGGCGGCCCCCAAAAAGAAGUAAACAUGUUUGUUUGACUGUUUUCUUUCUCUAAACGGCUCUUUUAAGAGCCACCCAUGUUUUCGUUCAAAGAGCAGUAUUCCAUAUUCACUCAUGAUAUCAGAUGCUGCUGAUUGCAGGGAUGAGAAUGGAGUUUGAAGAAAUCAGCUGAAAAUAGUCAACAUGUGUAAAGAACACAGAAACGACCUCGUAGGUGGUAGAUGCCAUAGGGGGUGAGUCCGAGAGGGGGGCGUGCCCCCCUUUCGGCCUAGAAAAAUUACCAGGCAACUAAUUUGACUGCAUAUUUCCCAAGUGUCAAUUUGAACUGUGUCAAUCCAAUUACUUUUUUCCUGUUUUUAGUUCUUUUCGUUUUUGAAAGAAACAUAAGUGGUAAUUCUAUUCAAACUGAUAUGGCUAGCCUGAGUAUAAUCUAAACACUGAAAAAAAUCUUUGCAUUUCAUUUUUUUCCCCUCAAUGUUACACACGUGUGUGUGUGUGUGUGUGUGUGUACACUAGUGCAUCUCAAAAAUUAGAAUAUUGUGAAAAAGUUCAAUAUUUUCCAUCAGUUAUUUAAGUGAAAGUUAUAUAUUAUAGACUCAUUACACAUAAACUGUUUCAAGCAUUUUCUAUUUUACUUUUAAUCAGUAUGGCAUACAGUACAAAAACAUAAAAAAAACCCAUCUCAAAAUAUUAGAAUAUUUCAUUUCGAGUUUGAGUAAAACAGUAUGAACACAGUGCAUCUCUCGGUCUAGUUCAGUACACACAACCACAAAAAUGGGGAAGACUGCUGACUUGACUGUUGUCCAGAAGAUGAUCACUGAUGCCCUCCACAAGGUGGGUAAGCCGCAAAAGGUCAUUGCUGAAAAGGGUGGCUGGAAAAGGUGCACAAGCAACAGGGAUGGCCGCAGUCUUGAGAGGACUGUCAAGAAAAGUUGAUUCAAGAACUUGGGAGAGCUUCACAAGGAGUGGACUGAGGCUGGUGUCAGUGUAUCAAGACCCAUCACGAACAGACAUCUUCAAGAAAGGGGAUACAACUUUUGCAUUCCUAAUAUCAAGCUACUCCUGAGCCAGAGACAAUGUCAGAAGUGUCUUAUCUGGGCUAAGGAGAGAAAGAAGCAGACUGUUGCUCAGUGGUCCAAAGUCCUCUUUUCAGAUGAAAGUACAUUUUGCAUUUAAUUUGGAAAGCACGGUUCUAGAGUCUAGAGGAAGAGUGGAACAGAGAGGAACAGAAUCCAAUCCAAGGUGUUUGAAGCCCAGUGUGAAGUUUCCACAGUCUGUGAUGAUUUGGGGUGCCAUGUCAUCUGCUGGUGUUGGUCCACUGUAUUUUAUCAAGUCCAAAGUCAACACAGCUAUCUACCAGGAGAUUUUAGAGCACUUCAUGCUUCCAUCUGCUGACGAGCUUUUUGGAGAUGCUGAUUUCCUUUUCCAGCAGGACUUAGCACCUACCCACAGUGCCAAAACUACUACCAAAUGGUUUGCUGACCAUGAUAUUACUGUGUUUGAUUGGCCAGCCAACUUGCCUGACCUGAACCCCAUAGAGAAUCUAUGGGGUAUUGUCAAGAGGAAGAUGAGAAACAUCCGACCCAAAAAUACAGAUACGCUGAAGGCCACUAUCAAAGCAACUUGGGCUUCAGUAACACCUCAGCAGUGCCACAGACUGAUCACCUCCAUGCCACACUGCACUGAUAUAGUAAUUCAUGGUAAAGGAGCCCCAACCAAGUAUUGAGUGUAUAAAUGAAUAUACUUUUCAGAAGUUGGACAUUUCUGUAUUGUAAAUCCUUUUUUUGACUGAUCUUAGGGAAUAUUCUAAUAAUUUGAGAUACUGGAUUUCUGAUUUUCAUGAGCUAUAAGCCAUAAUCAUUAAAACAAAAAAAGGCUUUAAAUAUGUCACUUUACAUGUAAUGAAUAUAGAAUAUAUGAAAGUUUACCUUUUUGAAUUAAAUUAUGAAAAAAAAGGAACUUUUUCAUGGUAUUCAAAUUUUUUGAGAUGCACUAGUGUGUGUGUGUGUGUGUGUGUGUAUAUAUAUAUAUAUAUAUAUAUAUAUAUAUAUAUAUAUAUUUAUGUAUAUAUUUAUGAACAUAGAAUGAAAUGGAAUAUCUUCGAAUACAGAAGACAAAUGUAAUUGAAGAAUCAUGUUCGCAAAUGUUCAAAUUGAUGACCAUUAUUGUCCAGACAAUGCACCAAGGGAUUCGCAAACGUCACGAAACAGGUCAUUAGGAAUAUCGUGACACUGUCUUUCAAUUUCCAAUUUCAGUGCAUCAAUUGUUCUUGGUUUGGUGCGAUAAUUUCCUGCCAUGCUGUGAUUAAUUAAUUACACCUGCAACACAAAAAAGGCAGCAUGUUAAAGUUAAAGUUUAAGACAGUUAAAGUGUGAGUACAUUUUUUUGAGACACCCUGUAUAUAUAUAAUUAUUCUCAAAAUAGGUCAGGGCCUUUAGUCUAUAGACUACCUUGGUAAAGAUUUUUUCGUUAAAUAUAGUGACAAACCUCGGAAUGUGUCUUCCUGUCCGCUAGUGGUACCAAUGGUUUUGCUGCUGCGCCUGGCCUGGUGAUUUGUGUUGACAGCGGUGCUGCUGCCCCAUCACUAGUUGGAGUUCGAAAUGCUGACCCCAAAGGAUAGUUUGUCCAUCGUAUGGUGACUUUAGCGGCAUGUUUCUUCCCUUUCGCAGUGUGGUCAAUUAGUGCAAUGCAUCCACGAGAUCCAUAGUUGAUUACCUCCUCGCAGUAGAGGCACUGUGCUUUACCCACCACAUCACAUUUUGCGAUGUAGUCGCCCAGCUUCUCGGAAACCUCCUGCGUAUUUUGUCCGACUUUCAUCGUGAGAGUCACAGUUUUCUCCAACCAAGACCACCGAAAUCCAGUCCCCCCAGGAUUUCGCGGGCCUUUUUUGUGGUUGUUGCGGGCUAAAAUGUCUGAUGUUGCGGGGGGGUUUCCAAAAAAUUGCGAUGAAAGUUGCGGUGUUUUUUAGGUUUUUGUUGCAAUUACAUUGUGGGAGGAAGUGAAAGUUGCGAGAAAUUGUUGUGAUUUUCUCUUUUUGUGAUUAAAAUUGAGUGAUAUGUUAAAUAUUAAGUUAUUACUGAAAAACUAUUGAUUAAAAAAACAGACACUGAGAAAUGGUCCUAGAAACAACUUUACCAAUAUAAAAGAUUACUAGGACUACAAAAAUGCAGAAAAAUAGGCUUUACUUAUCCAAAUGCACCUAUUGGUUCAAAAGUUAAAGUGCAUAGAACCUCACAGCACAACAUGAAGUUACCUUAAAAUAUAAUAUAAAUGCCUCAACUUUCAUGUAAGAAAAUAAAAAAAACUAUUAAUACUAGUACUGUGUGCAGGCAGUCUCUCCUGAAGACUAAAUUAAACAAUAAUUAUAAACUAAUAAAAUAAAUGGCUCAGGUUUCAUAGAAGAAAAUCGCGAAAAUCCUGGAGAAUUUACAUGAUUCACAGGAAUGACCCAAUCGGCCUCCAAAUCCGCUGAAUUCCGCAGAUCUGCGGACAAUUCUCAUCCCUGUGAUUGUUUUGGUGGAGUUGAUUCCUGCUUUACACAACGGUGACAGGAGGGUGCUGGGAGAACAUGAACUGAGUCAGGGCUGAUGAAACUAAUAACAAUUUAUAUUUCUAUACAUCGAUUAUAUAAUAUAUAUAUAAUAAAAAAAAAAAAAGGUUUUCUAUAUGCCCUGUCAUCACAGGACCUGGCAACUUUUCCAGGGUGUACCCCGCCUUUCGCCCGUAGUCAGCUGGGAUAGGCUCCAGCUUGCCUGCGACCCUGUAGAACAGGAUAAAGCGGCUAGAGAUAAUGAGAUGAGAUGACUUUUUCUAUAUGCCUAUAUUCCCUUCUUUCCUUUUUCAUCUCUCUCUCUCUCACACACACACACACACACACACAGACCCGUUGCAACAAGGUAGGCAGACUUGGCAAUUGCCUAGGGCCCCAGCCCUCGAAGGGCCCCCGCUGCUGAACGACUGGUUAUGUAUUCAAUAGCAAUGACAACUUUUUGAGCGCGGCAGCGCAGCGCCUAAUGACACUUGUUGAAAUACCCUAGUUCCAAGGGGGGCCCCCUAAUGCACAACAGCGCCUCCCUACAUGCUUUGGCCGAAAAGUGCAAUGACAGUCUGUUGUUAACCCCUCAAUGCCCAUCUCCAUCCAGUCAAGUGGUUGCAGAGCUCCGCGGCAAAAAAAAAACAAAAUCAAAUAUGAAGUGAAAUUACCCCUCAGUGAGCCAGAAGAGAAAGAAGAAAAGGGAAGAGGAAGACAGAAAAAAACAAGACACUGGUAAAGGUCUUUGGACAUGGAGGGUCAUGCCUUUGCUGAAGCCAAAGCCCGCAAGCAGCAGUUUUAGACAUUUUGCCCAUGAUUCUAGUUGUGUAUUCUUAAAUUUUUAUGUUUUUCUAUACCUUUUGCACUUUUCUGUGUGUGCUGGUUCUUAUUAAGAUUCUUAUUCAUGUUUGUAAUCAUUUAAUCACCAUUUGAAGUUAUUUCUACUUGUGUAUAUACUGUAAAUAUUUAGUGUUGUGUUAUUUGCACAUUUAAUAUUACUUUGUCUUAUAUAUAUAUGUGUGUGUGUUUUGUCUAUUCUUGUGUUUAAUUGG